GCUUAUUAUCCAAAGCCUUUAUACAGAUAGGCGCCUCUGGUAUAGGUUAGAUAGCCUGAGAAAUAAACGCACAGGGCCCGGCAGGGGAUUAUUGCCGGACAUAUAGUAUAGGAAAACAAUACUAAACCGCUUGGUGUUUUGAGUUUGGUUUUAGUUUGAGGAAAAUGUUUGUACCGAUCAGGAUUGUUGUGUUGGCCUGCCUUGCAAUGCCAGUGACUUGCUUCGCAGUCUCAUUGGACAGUUGGAGCACGUGGUCAUCCUGCAGUGUGACGUGUGGUUCGGGGGUUGCCACUCGCCGUUGGAAAUGUUCAGGAAUAAACUGCGAGCAAAAAGUCGAAACCAAAGAAUGUUUUCCAGAAUUUUGCCCAAGCUACCUCUCUUGGCCAAGGAUACACUUUGGCGGUACACUUGUAAUGGACGCGAACACGAUAAAUAAUAAAAGAUGCAACUACCAGAACGAAUACUUUUCCAAUAUAGCGGCCAAGAUUAAGGAAAAGUCAAUUAGUGUUGUUAAUGACAAAUACACACAUUACAUGUUCCGUAUUAAUAACUGGAAUCCUGAUGGCAGUGGACACGUCUAUUUCAUGAACUCAACGGUCAAAUCCAUUUGUACAGGUCCAUCACAAUGCUCUACUACUGAUACUAUUGUUGGAUCUGUGUUUAAAGAGAUUACUAGAGGCCAGCUUGCCACAAUUGAUCCAGACUGGCAAGUAACUGUAGAAGUAUGGGGGUUAACAGUUCAAAUCCCUGGUGUGCUAAAAGGAAGGUUGCGACCAGGAUCUGUGCAGCAGGAGGGUGGCCGCGUUAUGCAUGCUAACAAGAAGAUCAAGGGUUAUGCUAUUGGUGGCCUAGGAAGGUUUAAAACAAAAGUUGAAAAUAUAACAUGGGAAAGUUCACAUUACAAGUCUAUGUUCAACAAUGCUGAGGAACUAUCAAUGAUUUAUGUCAUUGAUCUCUUUAAUCAAUUCUCAUUCUCAUGCAGAAUGGUGGGGACAUUGGGUUUAACUUCUCCUGAUGACCCAAAUGAAAUAACAGCUGGACGAAUGUUGAAGUCAACAAUACACGCGAUACCAACUCCUUUCUUUGUUAAUUAUAAGAAGAAGGUAAUUACCAUGGACUUCAGUGGUUCUUUUCAUGGCAAAAUGAACGGCCACAUAAACUCACAAGGGGUGGAUCUUGCUAUAAAGAUUAACUGCAGAUACCCACUCAUAUACCCCCCUAAUGUGUGCCCACACGGUCACCAUAAAGUGGGAUCAACCACUGUGUAUUACAUCACGCGCAAUGGCGACUUAUCUUCCAAAUACUUUGGGACAAACAUGGAUUGGUAUUUUAAAUACGGUGGAAUAGUUGACGUGGAUAUUUCUCAUUUGUCUUUAAGAUGGAGAAACUUGAUUAAAUUUCACGAACUUAUUCUGCUGAGAGCUGGCCGGGGGUUUGAAACAAUAAUUGCAAAGGAAUACAUGAAAGGGAUCACCAUUGGUGUUUCAAACCAACUUGCUAUGCGAUUAAACAAUGGCCAGACCAAGAAAUAUAUCGCUUAUGCUUCAAGGUUUAAUAAACCAAUGCCAGGAGUUGAGAUGAAGUUUACAAAUGUUCCAAUGAAUGCAACAACUGACUGUAAUAGACCUGAUACAUGUAAAUUACCACUGUCCCUUCCUGCUGAUGUAAUCCACACAUCUUCCAACACCAGCCUUACCAACUACGAAGGAAAAAUGAUCUUCAAUAUUUCUGCAUUAAAAUCACCAGGCAAUCCUCGAGGGUGUGGAUUAGAUGGGCAGUUAUAUAUUCUUAUGCUGGAGAUGUCGUGCACAAUAGGCGGGUAUAAAUAUACUUUUAAGAAUGGACAGUUUGGAGGAACACUUCUUCAUAAGAUGGUUCAUCCUUCGGAAUUUGUAUUGACACUUGCUCCAUUAGUGAGGAUUUAUAAUGAAGUAGAAGUGAAGGAAUGUCCAACGUGGCAAGAUAUUAAAGGCAUCCUCACCCAGUAUUAUAACUUAUACCCCGUAAUGUCAAAGAAUGGGAUAAUCAAUCUACAUAAUUAUAUGGAAGUGAAACAGAAGUCACAACUUAUAAGAAUUGCUAUGUUUCAAACUGACUUUGAAGACCCAAAAUACAUGCCAGCUUCACGUGAUUUAUCGCUGAGUAAGCAGAAAUUAAUCUGGAACUGGAUGCAAUGUGGGAUGAAGUAUGGGAAUGAAACUGAAGAUAAAGAUGUCUGUCACCCCUCUGUUGUCGGUGAGAAUAUGAAAAAGUUGAAGCUGUAUUUACAAAAAGCAGUUAACCUCGAGCUAACCACAAUCCCCCCAUACUUCACUGCAUGGUUAAGUUUACAAACUGAAUAUGCAAGGAAUCUAAAAGUAGCAAGACAAAUAAAGUCAAUCUACACCGAAGAGAUGUUGCAUAUGUCUAUUGCUGCCAAUAUUCUUAACUCAAUAGGAGGAACAGUGAACCUCACCAACAUAGAAGAGAUUCCAAUCUACCCAACCAAGCUUGGCAGUGGUUCCUUUUUUGAACUUGCACCCGGUUUGCAAGUCACGCUACAGAAGUUCUCCAAGGGCCUAAUAAAGGAUAUUUUCAUGGAGAUUGAGCUUCCAUCACCUGAUAGAGACAGAAAGGACUUUAAACAAAUAGUUGGUUUAUGGAAGAGACUGCCAGUGCAGGGUAGUGGGGGAACUAUAUCUACUAAUAUGGAUCAACUGUUGCAAGAAUUCGAGGGAGAAGUUGUUGAUGAAAGUUAUGACGACAACCAAGAAACUUUGGGCGCCACUGAAAAGUUACAACUGCAGAGGAAAUGGGAAAGAGUAAAAAACCAUGCGAGUAAAAUGUUAAAGAUAUCUCCAUAUGGUAUAAACACUAUUGGAUCUUUGUACACAAAAAUAACAUUGUUUCUAACUGCUUUGGAGUCAUGCGCUAAAAUUGAUGGGUUAAACAAUAUUGGGCCUGGAACUAUAUUUGUAGGCGAUCCAAUUAAACAGUUGAAUAUGUCAUAUUGGUAUAAUCCCGCGAUGGUCAGUGAUUUGAAAACUGUGUCUAAGUUUUGGAGUUCUGAGAUGUCAAAAGAAGAACUCGUUCUCAACGAAAGACAAACAAGUUUCAAGAUCAAGAGAGUUGAGCGAGAUUCUUUUCCUCCAGGAUCAGAUCUUGUCUCUCCUCUUUUCCCCAUCACUGAUCUUAAGUCUGCCAUUCAAGGGGUUGUUGAGAUCAUUUAUCAGGGUGAAGGGGGAAGUCCAUGUUCACCCUUCAAGUCAACCAAGCCUGGUGGGACUCUGUCACUCCAGACUUCUCAUUAUGUGAGGUUCAUGGAAAUUGUACAUGGUCGGACGUUGGGUUCAAAUGAAAAGACCAUCGGUUGACAGUGGGAUAUCAUGUUUGAACCUCACACUUUUCGACUGUCCAAACAAACUCAAAAGUGAUGAAGCUUUCUGCUUUGCAGGGGAUGAAAUAGCUUUUUAUGAAGAUGGUGUAUGGCCAAUAGUAAGCAACCCCACACCAACCAUGUACAAACCAGGGACAGAUGCUCACCAUUUUAACCAUCAGUUUAAUAUUCAAUACACAAGAUUACUUUUCUGUUUAGAAUCUGCAUUUGGUGGAAACCCGUCUAAAAUGCGGUCAUGCAUGAGCUACAUGUACGACCUGAUAAUCACGGGCAAACGAUUGGUCAGAUCACCAGUGGGUGUCACUAAAGAUACAUUUAUUACGCAACCAACUUGCUCAAACUGCCACGCUUCUCCUACUUGGGAUUUUAUUCGUGACAAGUCAGAACGAAGUGGAUUCCCUUUGAUUAUAGGAUGAUAUAAUGUAAUUGUAUUUAUUAUAUUGGUACAUUAUCAAAAAAACCUGUUUUAAUAUAUAGGUUCAAUACCUGAAACACCUAUCUACUAAAGUUAAGUUUAGCACAUCAUUCUGUAUGUAGAUUGUUGCAUACGUUGUUAUUGUGUUAAAUUUCUUCCUAUUAGUGCACCAAUACCAUAGAUUUUAUGACAUGGCUAUUAUUUUUAAACUUUACUAAACUUUUGCCAAAACUUGUAUAAACUAAAAUGUUUCGCAGCCUACUUCAUUUGUUGUCUGGUGUUAUUUUAGCAUUGUAUAUUUGUUUUUUUUAUUGAUAUAUACACCAACUUUCUGCCCAAACCACAUAAAAACCAAAACCCACAUUGCCAAGACUACCCUUGUUAUUACUUUUAAAUGAGAAAAAAUGUUGGGAAAUGGAAACACAAAAGUAAAAAGAAAAAAUUAAAAGCUCCUGCUUUGAACUAAAGUACUUUUGUUAAAUGUUUUCUCAAUUUAACUGUGCAAUAGAAGUAAGCAAAGACUAAAGUGCAAUACAGCUUGUACAUUUUGG